GUCACUGCGCGUUCCGAGAAAUAAACUUACAUUGCUGCUAAGCACGUAGCUGAAAAGUUCCCUAUUAUUUUAAAGCCUAAUUUGAGCUACAGAACACAUUUAGCGUUAACUUCUGAUUUCUUUCAACUCGCAAUCAGCGACAAUCCGCCGGUAUGUCAAUCUAUUUAACUAAUGAUGCUAACUACAGAAAAAUUCAUUAAUUAUCCCUGUCAGUUGAUUUGCGUAAUUUGAAUAUGUUAGCAUCUUUUGUAGGAGAAAAUAUUGCAGUUCAAUACAGCGAAUUUUAUGGAAUAAAGUUAAUACCAAAGUACCAGACAGAAGUUGUACGGGAGUUCCUGAAAACUACGCUGUUCUUACGUUCAAUAGCGUUUGGUUCUAAAAUGAGCUUACUGUACUUAAUAAAGUUUACCAUUGAGUACAAACGAAUACCACAAGAACAGUUUAUCAAAACUUGGGCAGCAGAAGCAGAAGUGGCACUAAAAGCGAAGGAGAAGGGAAAAAUACUACAGAUAUGGAAGUUGGUGGGAGAGCGCAAAGUAUUUUGUGUUAUGAAAGCAGAGAAUCCAGAUGAAAUCGAUAGGCUGUCAUUUCAUUUGCCAAUGUUUAAGGAGAUGGGUGAUCAGGUACAAAUGGAGGUGACACCCCUCAGACCUUACGCGGGACUAGCAACAGAUAUAAGUAAAAGAGUUAAUAAUGGGGAUGAAACGGUGUUUGAAGACAUACCUACUGUACCGAAAGCAGGACUUUUCUACUGGAUAACGUUUAUUAUAGAAUAUCCAGGUAAGACGCAAGACGAGUUGUUGGCCGUUUGGUUACAGGAGGCCAAAGCUGCUUUAGGAGGAAAGAAAAGCGGGAAGGUGGUCGACUUGUGGAAGGUGGUAGGAGAAAGAAAGGUAUACAUCCUGUUAUGUGUGGAGAGUCCGUACGAAGUGGAUCGUAUUUCGUUUGACCUGCCCAUGAUGAGGCAGAUGGGAGACUGUGUACACAUGGAAGUCAAGUCGGUCAGGCCUUAUGAAGCCUUGCAUGAUGACCUGAAGAAAAUGGCGGCUAGAUAACUUGACAAUUGGUUUUUAUUUUGGCUUUAACAACUGCAAUGAUUGACUUCGUUGUGCCACAAGCAAGGAAGGGAUGGGGAGAGGGGUUAAAAUCACCAAUUACAUCUACCCUUCAUUAAAUUUUUCAUGUGUGGCACCUCGGUAUGUCACUUUUUCUAACAGCUACUCCGGGUGGGCCAAAGGGCGCGUAAUAUUUCUCUCGUUCUAGUACUCAAAGGAGUUUAUACCAUAAGUUUCCUUCGACCAAAAAGUUGCCAUCAGGUCAUCCGCCUUACGAGUAAAUAUCCUAUAUGUUUCACUUUAUCACAACAUCAAUGCAAGACUUUAAUGACUUAACUUUUUUUAUAAUUAUAUUUCACUGUACAUAAUCAAAAGUCAAUUAUCAGAUCAUGAACAGAAAAUACCAGGUGAUUCACUCUUGAUGCUUAGCAUGGAGCCUUCUAAGCAUAAAAUAAGACCUUGAUUACAAGUUUAUCAGCUACCAUGAUCUUCUUUUUGUUAUUGUUCACCUAUUGUAGCUGUAAACAAGUACUAAAUAUAUACUCAGA